CAGCGUCCGGCGGCGUCGCGGGCAGGCGGGUGGCGGGCGUCGGAGGCGGCGGGAGGGGCCGCGGGGGCAGACAAAGCCGUGGCGGCUAAUGAAUGGAAGAAGGGCGUCCGCCCGCACCGUCCGUGGCCCGCACCGGGCGGGAGCCCCGCCGCUCGACCCCGGCGCCCUCGGUAAUGCAGAGGGACUGAUGACAUGGCAGCGGCCCCGCCUCCAGGACAGCAGGAGGGUCUGCACGGGCCGCACCGGUGUCCGCGCCGCCCAGCACUCAGCAGGACUCCUGGCGGCGGCGGUCUGCACCCCGACCGGGCGUGCUCACGAGCCAGGGCCUCCGCGUUCCAGUGAGACGUGUGGUCGGCCAUAUUCAUGAGUGUCCCCAAAGACGCGGUGGCUUGGGAAACACUGAAGAUAGUUACGUUUGGGGACGCAGACGAGCGUUUGCGCCAUUUCUUCAACCGGACACACAGGUCGACGUGAGGACACGGCUGGAAUAGUUAUGGUCCGUCAUGGAGAAUAACCAGGAAACCCGUCCCCAAGGGGGCGGUGCUUUCCUUUCAGAAAAAGUAAACAUUAAAACAGAAGAGGAGGAGGAUGGUCCCAUUCUGCACUGCAAUUUGGAAAGAAUGGACUUCAAAGCUGAGCGCGAGGGCAGGAAGGCGGCCGACAGCGGCGACGAGCAGGCGGCCGCCGGGGAAGCGAGCCGCGGGGGCGCACCCCCCGGGGGGGCCUUCCCGGCCGACCAUGAGGAGGACUACGGGGCGCUGUUCUCCCAGUACAGCAGCACCCUGUAUGAUGUCGCCAUGGAGGCCGUGACGCAGAGCCUGCUGGCCGCCCGCGGCGCGGGCUCCAGGAAGAAGUCCCCGGCCUGGAAGCACUUCGUCAUCUCCCCGCGCGACAGCACCAAGGCCGUGUGCGUGUACUGCAUGAAGGAGUUCAGCCGCGGCAAGAACGAGAAGGACCUGAGCACCAGCUGCCUCAUGCGGCACGUGCGGCGGGCGCACCCCGCGGCGCUCGUCCGGGAGGACGGCAGCGUGUCUGCCCUGGUGCCCCUCCCCGCCCCCGCCCCGCUGCCCGUCCAGCUCGGUCAGAAAACGGCCUCCCAGGCCCCAUCCCCCGACUGGGCGGCCGAGGAGUCCACGCCCGCCCUGUCUUCCAGAGAGGCGCCCGUCUCCGACCCGCCUGCCUCUGAGAAGUGCCCCAGGGACGAGCCCCACGCGGGGCCGCCGCCCCUCACGCCCCACUGCGACGACGCUGCAGACAGCGGGCCCGAGAGGAGCCUCCCGCUGCCGAAGGGCACCUCCGGGUCCCGCAGGUGGUCCGCGGUCUGGAAGCACUUCUACCUGUCUCCCCUGGACAGCUCCAAGGCCGUGUGCGUCCACUGCAUGAACGAGUUCAGCCGUGGGAAGAACGGCAAGGACCUGGGCACCAGCUGCCUCAUCCGGCACAUGUGGCGGGCGCACCGGGCCAUCGUGCUGCAGGAGAAGAGCGGGGGCGCGGGCGUGCCGCCCCCGUACUCCACGGCCCCCGCCCUGCUGCCCGCCCUCCCGCCCCCCGAGGGGGAGCCCAGGGCUCUGUCCUCGUCCCCCGGGAAGCUCGUCAAGGAGCCCUUCCUGCCGGCCUCGUCCCCUGACCCCCUGACCGAGGACAGGCUGGUGCGGCUGAGCCCUGGGGGCGCCCUGAGGGAUGAUCCGUCAGCGCUGUCGUCCUCCGACGAGGUCGGCGAGGCCGCCUCCGCGUCCUCCCCCGAGAAGCGACGGGGAGACGGGUCGGGCCCACCCGGGGCCGAGCCCGGGGCCGUGUUCCAGCAGAACAAGCGGGUGAUGAAGAGGCUGAAGUCGGAGGUGUGGCACCACUUUUCGCUGGCCCCCACGGACAGCCUGAAGGCGGUGUGCCGGCACUGCGGCUGCGCCGUCAGCCGAGGGAAGAAGGGGGACGUGGGCACCAGCUGUCUGAUGAGGCAUCUGUACAGACGCCACCCGGACGUGGUCGGGAGCCAGAAGGGCUUCCUGGGGGGCGGUCCGGCCCAUUCUUCCUACGGCGCCGUGGCUUCUGCAGAGGGCUCCUCCUCCAGGCUGACCGACGUGGCGGCGGCGGCCCUAAGAAACAGCCCGGCCCUGGUUCCCGUCCACAGCAAGAAGACCUCCAAGCUGUGGAACCACUUCUCCGUCUGCCCCGCGGACCCCACCAAGGUCGUGUGCCUGCACUGCGGCCGGACGAUAAGCAGGGGCAAGAAGCCGACCAACCUGGGCACCAGCUGUCUCCUGCGGCACCUGCAGAGGUUCCACGGCAGCGUGCUGGCGGCCGACGCGCCCAAGGCCACACUGCCCCCUGCUCCGGGCGUGCGUGUGCCCCUGCGCGCAGAACUGUCGGGAGCCGCCUCCUUUGAUGACGCCGACGAGAAGUUCUACGAUUCGCAUCCAGUGGCCAAAAAGAUCACGAGUCUCGUGGCUGAGAUGAUCGCACUUGACCUCCAGCCGUACUCGGUGGUGGACAACGUCGGCUUCAGCAGGCUGCUCGCGUACUUGAAGCCCCAGUACUCCCUGCCCUCCCCCUCCUACUUCUCCAGGACGGCCAUCCCGGGCAUGUACGACAGCGUGAAGCAGAUCAUCAGGGCCCACCUCAAGGAGGCAGAGAGCGGUGUGGUCCACUUCACAGCCGGGAUCUGGACGAGCCACCAGACCCGGGAGUACCUGACGCUCACCGCCCACUGGGUCACCUUCGCGUCCCCGGCCCGGCCGCACGCCGAGGACCGCCACUGCUCGGCACUGCUGGACGUGUCGCCGGUGGACUGCGACUACAGCGGCAGCAGCGUCCAGAAGCAGCUGGAGUGCUGGUGGGAGGCCUGGGUGACGUCCACCGGCCUGCAGGUCGGCAUCACGGUGACGGACAACCCCGGCAUCGGGGAGACGCUGCGCGAGGCGGAGCACUCCAGCGUGCAGUGCUUCAGCCACACGGUGAGCCUCAUCGUGGGCGAGGCCGUCAAGGGCCAGCGCCUGGUGCAGAGCCUGCUGAGCGUCGCCCGGAAGGUGUGCGAGCGGGUGCUGCGGUCGCACCGGGCGCGCGAGCGGCUGGCGGAGCUGCAGCGGGAGCACGAGCUGCCGCCGCACCACCUGCUGCAGGACGUCCCGUCCCGGUGGGGCACGUCGCUGCGCAUGCUGGAGCGGCUCGUGGAGCAGAAGAGGGCGGUGGACGAGAUGUCCGCCGAGUGCGGGUUCCGGGAGCUGAUCAGCUGCGACCAGUGGGAGGUCAUGCGGUCCGUGUGCCGCGCGCUGAAGCCCUUCGACGCCGCGAGCCGGGAGAUGAGCGGCCACGUGUCCACGCUCGGCCAGGUCAUCCCCAUGAUCCACAUCCUGAACAGGAAGGUCGAGAUGCUGUUCGAGGAGACCACGGGCAUCGACACCAUGCUCAAGUCCCUGAAGGAAGCCAUGGUGAGCCGCCUGUCCGCCACCCUCCGCGACCCCCGGUACGUCUUCGCCACGCUGCUGGACCCUCGCUACAAAGCCUCCCUGUUCUCCGAGGAGGAGGCGGAGCAGUACAAGCAGGACUUGAUCAGGGAACUGGAAAUGCUGAAUUCUACCUCAGAGGACGCCCCCGUCUCCAACGGGUGUGGCCCGGGCUCCCCACCCAGAGCCUCCGGCGGGGUCGAGAGCCUGUGGUCCCUCAUGGCCCAGGUGACACAGAAGGGCCCGCGGGAGAGGGCGAAGGUGCCCGAGGCCAUGGUGCUCGCGUACCUGGAGGAGGAGGUGCUGGAGCACAGCUGCGACCCGCUCGCCUACUGGAGCCUGAAGAGGUCGGCCUGGCCCGGCCUGGCGGCCCUGGCCGUCAGGUUUCUGGGCUGUCCCCCGAGCAUCGUCCCGUCGGAACGGCUGUUCAGCACGCCCACCGAGAACGGUGGCUUCGGCCAGUCCAGGCUCCUGAUGGAGCAUUUUGAAAAACUCAUCUUUUUGAAAGUGAAUCUUCCUCUGAUAUACUUCCAGUAUUGAAGUCGCCGCGGAGCCCCCAGGCUACAGAUGGUGUCGCUCACGAGGCACCAGCGCUUGUGGCCUGGUGGCCGGCCGCGGCCGGGGCCGGGCGGACACCGGCCAGGCCCCCUCAGGUCCGCACCGAGUGCCCCUCCAGACUCACUGUAACGUCCCCGUGUGCCUUACUGCUAGCUCUUCAGGCCAGGUACAUGACGUGUCUCUCAAGAAGCCACUAGAAAUAGCCAGUCUCAUCGAUGAUGAAAUACGAUGAUUAAGUUUUAAUCCUUAACUGUAAAGUUUUUUAAAAGCUGGGGGUAGUCAUUUGUUUUACUAGAAUGACAUAGAAGAUGUAAACAAUUUUAUUCUGUACGUUUUUAUUAUGUAAAAAACCACAAAUCAGGUACUGUAUUUUAGUGAAAAAUUGUUUUUAUUGCAACCAAACGGCCUUCGGGCUGUCCAGCAGAAGCUGUAAAUCGGAGGAGCUGAAGCCAUCCUGACCGAGCGGUGUCUGCCCGCAGCUGUGACGUGCGUGUGGCAUGCAGAGAGUGUUCCGGAAGGCACCUUCCCUGCACGCAGAUGGGGCAUCUGGGGAGACAGCCAGACUCACGUGCGUCGUGGGGCGUGGGUUGCACGGUGGCGGCCGAGGGGAACGCCCCGUGUUCCUGCCUGCGUCCAGGCCUCCCGCGGCCAGGUCACCCGGAGCCCUCCUGGCCGGCCGUGACCGCGACGCGGUCCUGGUGACCGCUCCUCCACGCCUGACGCAGCGUCUCUGCUCUCUGAGGGGUCUUUUGACAUCCGUGUGGACCCCCCAGUCGGAUGAGGCCACACGUGAAACCCUCUCUAGAAGAGGUGGCUCGUUACCAGGGAAGGGAAGCAGGUGGUCCCGUCACAGUUGCAAGAACGGCCUUAGCUCUUCAGGUUCUUUAGAAGGGGGAGGACUCCGCCAUCACGGGUAUCUCAGAGUCCCGGGACACCGGCAUGAAUUGUCGGUUGUCGGAUCCCUUUGCAAUGACGUGUCCCAGAGCUGUUGCGGCAGCACCUACACGAGGGCUCGGUGGCUCAUGUCACACCAAUUAAUUACGCCAGGUGAGACGAGUCCCUCGUUGCCUCUGACCCUGCCGAGUAGGUGUGUCGUCAGAAAUGCUGUACCUGUCGGUCCGGCUCUGCGCCGACUGUGUUUCAGUGUAUUUAUAAACGGUGAACUGUUUCUGAAAUUAAACUUUCUAUUUCCGAUUUUCUACUGUCGGAGGAUGCUGCCUC